AUGGAAACUGUGAGCACUGAACCAUCAAAACCAGAAUUGGAUUCCAAUCAAGAUUUGUUGGCUAAAGAUGAAGCAAAAGCUCAAGUUGUUGUUCUUCAAGAUGAUGGAGCUUUGAAAGACAGUACAGAAGCAGAGCUCAAGAAAAUCAGUCUCAUGAGAACUUUUGUUGAAGCCCGCGACCCUUCUUCUAAGGAAGUAGAUGAUUUGAUGAUAAGAAGAUUCUUGAGAGCUCGUGAUUUAGAUGUAGAGAAAUCUUCAGCUAUGUUCCUGAAGUACUUGAAAUGGAAGCAUUCAUUUGUUCCAAAUGGGUCUGUUUCGCCUUCGGAGAUUCGUGGUGAUCUUGCACAGGAGAAGAUGUAUGUUCAAGGAGUGGAUAAAAAGGGUCGACCUAUAACUGUUGCAUUUGCUGCUAAACAUUUUCAAAACAAAAAUGGUUUGGAAGCAUUCAAACGGUAUGUAGUUUUUGCGCUUGAGAAACUAUGUUCAAGGAUGCCACCGGGGGAAGAAAAGUUUCUUGCUAUUGCAGAUAUUAAGGGAUGGGGAUAUGCAAACAGUGACCUUCGUGGAUACCUUGGUGCUCUAACAAUUCUGCAGGAUUACUAUCCAGAGAGAUUGGGAAAAUUGUUCAUAGUUCAUGCACCUUACAUGUUUAUGAAAGUAUGGAAACUUGUAUACCCUUUCAUUGAUGACAAUACCAAGAAAAAGAUAGUAUUUGUGGAUAACAAGAAGCUGAAAUCGACAUUGCUAGAAGAGAUUGAUGAGAGUCAGCUCCCGGAGAUAUAUGGAGGCAAACUUCAACUAGUUCCAAUACAGCAUUCAUGA